GGUUUUCUCCUCUGUGUCUGAGGGCUCUUUUUUACCUUCUCAGGAUCCCUCUGUGACCCAGCUGACGAACGCCCCGCAGGGCGGCCUGGCGGAAUUCAACCCCUUCUCAGAGACAAAUGCAGCGACAACAGUUCCUGUCACACAACUCCCUGGGUCCUCGCAGCCAGCGGUUCUCCAGCCAUCAGUGGAACCAACCCAGCCGACCCCCCAGCUCCUGCUUAGACAGGCCGGCAAGUUCCCGCCUGCCCAAUUCCUGGCAGCGAGCGAGCUCUCAGAGAGGCAGAUGCUCCUAGGAGGAGAAAGUAUUCUCAGAGACAGCUACAUGCGAAAGCUUCCCAAGGCUGCGGUGUCUGCAGCCCAGGCAGGCCUGCUUCGGCAGCAGGAAGAACUGGACAGGAAAGCUGCUGAGCUGGAACGCAAGGAGCGGGAGCUGCAGAACACUGUAGCCAACUUGCAUGUGAGAGAGAACUGGCCCCCCCUGCCCUCGUGGUGCCCUGUGAAGCCCUGCUUCUAUCAGGAUUUCUCCACAGAGAUCCCUGCCGACUACCAGCGGAUAUGCAAGAUGCUCUACUAUCUGUGGAUGUUGCAUUCAGUGACUCUGUUUCUGAACCUGCUUGCCUGCCUGGCCUCGUUCUCGGGUGACAGCUCCAAGGGAGUGGACUUUGGCCUCUCCAUCCUGUGGUUUCUGAUCUUCACUCCCUGUGCCUUCCUUUGUUGGUACCGACCCAUCUAUAAGGCCUUUAGGUCCGACAACUCUUUCAGUUUCUUUGUGUUCUUCUUUGUAUUUUUUUGUCAAAUAGGGAUCUACAUCAUCCAAUUGGUUGGCAUCCCUGGCCUGGGGGACAGCGGUUGGAUUGCAGCCCUGUCUACACUGAAGAAAGGGUCCCUGGCCGUAUCAGUCAUCAUGAUGGUGGUGGCUGGCUUCUUCACCCUCUGUGCCGUGCUCUCAGUCUUCCUCCUGCAGCGGGUGCACUCCCUCUACCGCCGGACAGGGGCCAGCUUCCAGCAGGCCCAGGAGGAGUUUUCCCAGGGCAUCUUCAGCAGCAGAACCUUCCACAGAGCUGCUUCAUCUGCUGCCCAAGGAGCCUUCCAGGGGAAUUAGUCCUCCUCUCUCUUCUCUCCCCCUCAGCCUUUCUCUCGCCUGCCUUCUGAGCUGCACUUUCCAUGGGUGCCUUAUGUGGUGGUGGUUGUGCCCAGCACAGACCUGGCAGGGGUCUUGCUGUGGCUCUUCCUCCUCCCUCAGCGACCAGCUCUCCCUGGAAGGGGAGGGACAGGGACUUUUUUCCCCCCUCUAUGUACAAAAAAAACAAAGCUCUCUUUCCUUCUCUAGUGA